UGUAGUCCCAAGCGUGACGCCAGAACUACAACAAGGAAGUGGACGUCCACUAAUUGCCUGCCAACAGAAGGUAGAAAGAAGACUAAGAUAAACUAUACUCCUCGAACCAGGCGACGCUUCGCUUGGUUGUCGGCUACCGGCGAGGAGGCGUCAGCGGCGGCUUGGGCGAUCUUGUGGGGCUGUCAUUGGUGGUCACCGUGGAACAGCGCCUCAUCGUCUCAGGGGCUUCUAGCCAGCCAGCUAGCUAGCUAACGAGCUAGCUUGCGAUGAACACAGACGUGGAAUUCCACAUCAGGCAGAAUUAUCCGUGGAAUAAAUUGCCGGCUAAUGUCAAACAGAGUUUGGGCAACUCUCAGCGCGAGUACGAGAAACAUGUGCUGCUGUACAGCAUCCGCAACCAGCUGCGAUUCCGCAAUAACUUAGUGCGCCACGUGCGCAAGGAUGAACGCAAGUACUACGAGGAGCUGCUCAAGUACAGCCGCGAGCACCUGAUGCUAUACCCCUACCACCUGUCGGACAUCAUGGUGAAGGGGCUGCGCGUCACGCCCUUCUCCUACUACAUCGGAAUCAUGGAGGAUAUCAUGAACAGCGAGAAGAGUUACGACUCCUUGCCCAACUUCACCGCUGCCGAUUGUCUGAGGCUGCUUGGAAUCGGGCGAAACCAGUACAUUGACCUGAUGAACCAGUGCCGCUCGUCCAAGAAAUUCUUCCGCCGGAAAUCGGCGCGGGAUCUUCUCCCGUCCAAACCGGUGGAGAUCUCGGUGGAGCCGUGGUGGGUGGCGCAGACGGGCUACAUCACCGAAGAUGACAUCAGGAUCUGCUCUUCGGCCGAGAAGAAGGCCAUCGAUAAGAUGAUCGAUUCAGGGCCACAGCUGGCUGGCUCAAUGGAGUACAAUGUGGUGCUAAGUUUGUACAACCGGGGCUUCAUUUACUUGGAUGUUCCUAUUUCGGACGACAGCUGCAUCUCAGUGCCGCCGCUGGAAGGCUUUGUCAUGAACCGUGUGCAGGGCGACUACUUCGAGACGCUGCUCUAUAAAAUCUUCGUGUCCAUUGACGAGCAGACCAAUGUCGCCGAGCUGGCAAACGUGUUGGAGAUCGACUUGGAUUUGGUGAAGAACGCCGUGUCCAUGUAUUGCCGUCUGGGCUUCGCUGUGAAGAAAGGUCAGACGAUCAGCUCCGAGCAGCUCCACCUCACCUGGAAAAACGCCCCCUCCCUCAACAGGCUUAAGAGCACCAUGGACCCUCAGAAGAUGCUGCUGUCCUGGGAACAAGGCAGCCCCGUCAUGGAGGGAGGAUCUUCGGCCACAGACACGGACACCACCAGUCUGGAGGACCAAGCGGACACGGGCAGCGUCAGCAGCCUGAGCCUCCCCGCGGUGGCGCCUACCAAGCGCAUCGCCUUUCUGUUCGACUCUACGCUGACCGCCUUCCUCAUGAUGGGCAACCUGUCACCCAACCUCAAGAGUCACGCUGUCACCAUGUUUGAGGUGGGCAAGCUGUCCGACGAGACGCUGGACAGCUUCCUGGCUGAGCUGGAGAAGGUGGGGACAGAGGAUCUGGUCGAUCAGCUGCAAGCGCAAGCGAAGGGUCGCGCUCCUCGAGCUCUUUUGGUUCUUUCGGCCUUCCCGCAGGUGGAAAGCACGGCCGAGGGCGAGGCGCAGCGCUACUUUGAUCACGCCCUCACCCUGAAGAACACCAUCCUCUUCCUACGCUACAACAAGGAACUCACUCAGGACCAGGGACCUGAUCUCCCAAAUAUAGGUUUCCCGCUGGACAUGCUGCGCUGCGAGAGCCUCCUAGGUCUGGACCAGGCCACCUGCAGUCGCGUGCUCAACAAGAACUACAAGCUGCUGGUCUCCAUGGCGCCGCUCAGCAACGAAAUCAGACCAAUCAGCAGCUGCACGCCUCAGCACAUCGGGCCCGCCAUCCCUGAGGUGAGCUCCAUCUGGUUCAAGCUCUUCCUGUACCAUGUGACCGGCCAGGGUCCGCCCUCGCUGCUGCUCUCCAAAGGCUCCAGGCUGCGCAAGCUGCCCGACAUCUUUCAGGUCUACGACAGGUUGCUGAUCACAUCCUGGGGUCACGAUCCUGGCGUGGUGCCCACGUCCAACGUGCUGGCCAUGCUCAACGACGCUCUCACGCACUCGGCCGUUCUUAUCCAGGGUCACGGCAUGCACGGCCACGGCGAAACUGUGCACAUCCCAUUCCCUUUUGACGAGGAGGACCUAAAGGGAGAGUUCUCCUACUCCAACAUGUGCGUGCACAAGGCACUGGGCAAACUGCGCGAGCACGUGGAUCUGGAGCACCAGUGCGGCUAUGUCACCAUGCUCAACGCCAACAACAAGCACCGCCGGUGGCCCAGCGACACCAUCGAGUGCAGAGGAGACACCCACCUUGGAGGAGGCCCGGACACCAAUGGCAGCACCGAGUCCUUUGAACUGGUGUCAGAAGAGAACAACAGCGACAGACGGACUAAGGUGGACGCCCUCUCAUGCGAGGACGAGUGGGUUCCCCUGGAGCUGUGCUUCGGUAUGCCGCUCUUCAGCUCUGAGCUCAACCGCAAGGUGUGCCGCAAGAUCGCCGCCCACAAGCUUUGCAGCAGCGACAGCUUGCAAGAGCUGCUUCACUCCAGCCGGAAGCUGUCCCUCAAGGUUCUGAGCUUCGUCCAAUCUUUCCAGGAUGGCGGUCCGCCCUGCGAGCCGGACAGCGGGGUGACCAAUCCUCUCAGUCAGCCCUCGGCCGAGUCGGGCGUCCCUCUGCCGGCCCUCAACCUCCUCUACAAGGACGGGCAGCUGCGGGAGUGGAGCGGGCGGGCCCCUCCCCCUCUGGACAUCACAGCCCUACAACGCGAGCAGUCCACGUAGAACGACCCCACCACCAUCGACCGCCACCAUCCACCCUUAUUUUUGCAUCCCGGGCGGGCACGGGCCAAGGGCCUUCUAUUGUCCACCGAACACGAGCGCUAGCAGGGCAGGACGACUCACUUAGCUUGCCCCCCACCCUUUCCCGCAGUUGAUGUUGAGUAGUACCCCUCUUCAUAUGGUAUCGGUGUUGCGCAAGUCAGCCUUGUCCUAGGACCAUGUAGUCCCAUGUUUGGUGAUCCCAUGCAUGAAAAUCCCUUCCUCUGAGGGGAACCAGACUUUCGUUCAUUGUUCCCACUGUGCAGUCCUUACUGUGGAGCGUACUCGACGUGAUUGCUUUCUUUCAUUCUUUCCCCUUCUCUUUGAGAGCAACAAAUACUUUUUUUAAGGAUAAGACAUGGUUUGUUUUUUUUAGUCUUUAUUCUUUUUUACUUUUUGCCUUAUCACAACGUCACAUUCCGACUUCCAUGAAUGAAGCUGAUCAGGAAAAGCAGGUACAGGUAGUCCUGACUGCCGGUGCCUCCUUCGCAUCGGGUCUAGCUCCGAUAGCUGCCUGCUUGCAUUUCUUCCACAUUAGAAUCAGCUCUCGUCUGCACGUUCUCUGAACUGGGCCCAGCUCUGCUAGAGAUUUUUCUCCCCUCUUCUCGAUGAAAUCCUGCUGUGGCAGCCUCCUGCUUGCACCUCAUAUGGAUUGGUUAACCAUCUGCUUGCAGCUUAUCUGGAUGGGUGGCAGCUAUGGGCAAGUUCACAAAACGGCACACACAUGAAGAGAUGGCAUCUUUAUUUUCUUGGUAUUCAUUGCGUUCCUGAAGGAUUCAUCCUCUCUAUUUUGUUUUCCUCACAAUAAGUGAGUUAAAAAAAAAACAGUAAUCUUGUUCAAGCAUGUUUGUGUGUACGUGCCCGCGUAUGCGCAUUGUGCACCCCACUUGCGCUGUGUGUCAGUCUCGUUUUAAAUGGCAAAGGCGCUUUCCCUGCAAUUUCCCUCAGUCGUUGACAUGUCAACACCCUCUUGUGUUUACAAAUGUGUUCGUUUUCUAGAUCAAACUCUUUUAGGACAUCUUUGUUGUAGCUCGUUUAAAUGGUUGCAUAAUUAUAAUGAUGAGGACAAAAUAGGACAUUCCUUCCACAUUCUGCUCAUGAUAUUCUGAAUAAACGUGUGUGUGUGUGUAUAUAUACGGUAUAUAUAUAUAUAUAUAUAUACACACACACACGCACACACACAUACACACACACACGCACACACACACACACACACACACACACCGUAUUGUCCGCACUAUUAGGUGCACCGGAUUAUAAGGCGCACCUUCAAUGAACGGCCCAUUUUAAAACUUUGUCCAUAUAUAAGGCGCACCGGAUUAUAAGGCGCAUAAAAUAGAAGCUAUACUGCAACAAACUGAGGUUGACUAGGGUUGCGGUAUGCAUCCACUAGCCAAUAACCAACGAGCCCUCUGUAAACAAUCGCGUUUUUCAAACGAUCUCCUAUAAAAUGAUCGGAACUGACUAAAGUUCGAUCUAACGCAUUGGUACUACUUACCUAUGUUUCCCUUCCAUAUCGAUCCAUAGAUUUACUUGAAACAUUAACAGAGCAGCCUAUUUUGACAUGAAAUAGUCUGGCGCGUAUAGCAGCUAUCGUUAUAGCAUUAGCCAUCCGUAAUUCCCCAUGAGCCUCAGCUCGCAAUCUCCCAUGAGUCUCAGCAAAUUGUAAACAAUCGCGUUUCUCAAACGAUCUCCUAUAAAAUGAUCGGAACUGACUAAAGUUCAAUCUAACACAUUGGUACUGCUUACCUAUGUUUCCCUUCCAUAUCAAUCCGUAAAUUUACUCAAAACAUUAACGGAGCAGCCUAUUUUGAAAUGAAAUAGCCUCGCGGGUACAACAGCUAUUUGGUGACGCCCCCUGACUACAGUUGCCGUAAUGUUGGGAAGCGAUGCGACCUUGUAAUUUACUAGUCGUACUGAAACAUUUUGGCAGAGCACUGUCUACAACCAGUAUGGAUCAACAAAUUCAUCAAUUGAUCCAUAUAUAAGGUGGUCUGCAUUAUAAGGCGCACUGUUUUUUUUUUUUAGUAAAAUGUAAGUUAAUGGUGCGCCUAAUAGUGCGGAAAAUACGAUAUAUAUAUAUAUUUAAUAAAAAUAAAAAUAAACGGUUUUCUUCCCUGCCUUUGGCUUUCAUUUCUAUUCCUGACUUUGCAUUUUAGAGCCAACGUGACAUUAUGACAUUAGGGGGGGGGGGACACAGAUGGUGUGGCGUCACACGCUCCCCGAAGCUUCCAUCUGCCCCUUGCAUGCACUUGUUCACCUUCUAGAAUGACUCAAGCAAGGAAAAGAGACGGUGCUCUGCUUGCAUCUCUUCGUUAAGGUCCAGCUCCCGUUGCUGUCUGCUCGUAUCUAUCCUGGAUCAGAUGAGCCACCUGCUUGCACCUCUUCUGUCUUGGGUCCAGUUAUGAUAGCUGCCUGCUACUGUCACUUCUGGAAAAGGUCCAGUUGUUUUACAUGCAAAGAGCUGCUGGCAGUCGGCUACCAGAGCUGCAGACCCCAUUUGGAAGACACGCCAGUGGCUAGCCAAUCCAGAAGAGAGCAAAUAUGCCAUCAGGCAGCCGCCAGAGCUGGACCCCAUCCUGAUAAUGUUACCAAGUGGCUACUCAAUUUCUGUCGACGGCUACCACAUCUAGACUCUGUUAGGGUUGAUAGAUUAGUUUGAUCCUAUGUUUAUGUUGGAAUGUAACCUGUAAUAAUCAACCAAACUUUUCCUGUCUUGACAAAGUAGUAGAACAAAGUGCGUAGAUCCUUUGAACUGAUUGACCAGCUGCAAAGGAAGCAAUCUAAGUUGUUCUGUUUACACAACAUCGUAAAACACCCUCUGCUAUGAUUUGACCUGAGGCCAGGGGUUUCAACCCCAUCCUGUCCACUCUCACCCCCACCCUGCUUUCUCUCAAUAAAUACUCUCUUGCAAGAAUCCAAAGUCAGACUUUGUUCGAUCAUCGCUGUAUGCACCAUGACGAACGAGCUCUCCACUUGCAAGUGUUCAAAAGGCA